AUGCCCACUACCGAGUUCACCCUCAGCGACGGCCGCAAGCUCCCCGCCAUCGGUCUCGGCACUUGGCAGUCGCCCAAGGGCGAAGUCGCCAAGGCCGUUGAGCACGCUCUCAAGAACGGGUAUAAGCACAUCGACUGCGCCUGGGCCUACGGGAACGAGGCCGAGGUCGGUGAGGGCAUCAAGAAGGCUGGCCUUCCCCGCGACCAGUUCUGGAUCACCUCCAAGCUCUUCGAGCUCCACCACCACCCGGAGCACGUUUCGCUCGCCAUUAAGGACACACUCAAGAAUCUCGGCCUUGAGUACCUCGAUCUCUACCUCCUCCACUGGAACAUCAACUGGCAGGUUGAUGCGCCCGAGGGCGUCCUUCCCACUAGAGAGCACACUGUCAAGUCGGAGAAGUCGGGCAAGGUCCUCCUCGACGUCGAGCUCUCGGAUGACAUCAUGCCGACCUGGCGCGAGAUGGAGAAGCUCGUUGACCAGGGCCUCGUCAAGUCGAUCGGUGUGUCUAACCUGAACAUCCACCGUGUCAAGAAGCUUCUCAAGGAGGCGCGCAUCAAGCCGGUGACCAACCAGGUGGAACUUUCAAUCCAGUGCCCACAGUUCGAGCUCGUCGACUGGCUCCACAAGCAGAACAUUCAGCCGCAGGGCUACUCGCCUCUCGGCGGCGCGGGCGGCUCUGCGCUCCGCGAGAACCCCGAAAUCAAGAAGAUUGCCGAUAAGCACAACGUCGGGGUCACGACCAUCAUGCUCUCGUGGCUCGUUAAGCGCGGCAUCAACCCCCUGCCGAAGAGCUGCACGCCUGAGCGCAUUGACCAGAACCUCAAGAUCAUCGACCUCACCGACGACGAGUUUGAGGCCGUCAACAAGAUCGCGCGCUCUGUGCCCCACAAGCGCGUCUGCGACCAGUCGCACGACUUCGAGCCCUACUACGACAUCUACCAGGAGAACGACCCAGAGUACAACGACAAGGUCCAGGCCCAGAAGCCCUAG